AUGCCAUUCACCUUGCAAGAUCGGUUGCACUUGAAGGUGCUCGAGCCGAUGGACCGUCUCGAGAAAACUGCCGAGCUCUUAGAGUCUCAGAGUGGCGACCGGCGGUUCCUAGCUAAAGACUGUACACACAUUAUGACGGAGCGCUGUCGAGCUCUGCUCGAGAUCGGACAGUUUCAGGCCGCCGCUGACCAGUGGAGUGGCGUUGUGUCCUUUUGCCAAAGUCAUCUGCCUCCCAACGAUCCCUACCUUGCUGAAGUGGCAAUCAACUACGUGUUCAGUCAAGUCCUCGCCAUUGCUACUAGUGAAGACGAGCAGCAUGAAUCGACGAUAGACUGCCCUGUUGAUAUUCGACUGUGUCUCGAGUUGGCCUUUGGGCCUUUUAGUGCUAUCAAACCAUUCGUAGUCGACGAGGUUCGAGCACUGGUAUCGCCAGUAGUUGGCGAGGAUAACGUUACUGAUUGGUUACAGCAAAUGCUGAGCAUAAUCGACCCCUGA